CGGGAGAAACCGGGCGGUGAAGGGAAAGGAAGAAGGGGCAAAGGGGCUAUGGGACCCCUAGCGUAAAACCAAUCCAUGGAAGUGAUCUUUGCGUUUGUGUCUUGGAAUGUAAACGAAAGAGGGAAGUGCAAACUUGCUAAGGGAAACGUGAGGUUGCUUGUGCAUGCAUGUAAAGGCCCCGAAAAGACGAAGGGGCCUGCGUCAAUAAGGAUGGAUGAGAUGCUUGAGACUGGAGGGGUCUAUUUCGGUUGCUGGUGGGAUGACCUCUCAGUUCAUGACAUCAUGGAGAAGGGCGAGCGUGUGCCAGUGCGCCAUGGAGUGUCAAUCAACCUGGUUCCAAUGGGACCUUCCACACCUGGUGACAGAAGUCAUGUCUCCACUCCUGGCAUCUUGAAGGGUGCAUUUAACCGCACUCCUCGACAAUCUGAUUGGCCGGACCAGCAGCAACAGCAACAACAACGAUCAACAGGUGACUCCACAUCAUUUCAGAAAAAAGAAGCCAUGUCAGUACUGCAGGAAGGCAGCAGGUUACUGGCCCCCUUGGCACAGGACUCAGAAGGCGGAGGAAGUGGAGAUGGAGGAUCGGAGGGGGGUAGUGCUGUAGGUGCCUCAAAGCCCCGACUGCAAGGCCUGUUGAAGGAUAGUAAACAAGCUCUGUCCCAUUCUUCCACUUCGUAUGCUGCCGGUCAAACGGCAUCCUCAGCUCUACCUGGGUCUAUGGUUGUCAUGUCCCAAAGAAUGGAUCUGGAAAAUGUGGACAUGGCAAGAGCCGCUGCACAGGCAGUUGGAGCUUAUGGGGAGGGGGCUACUGCACCACUGCCGGCAGUGGGGGAUUUUGGGUCUGACACUCAGUUGACUGUACAGAACCUCCUAAGGAAACCAAAGCUCACCAUUCCAAUUGUUGGAGGAGCCUUUCCGUCUUUCUCGGAACGUAAGCGAUCCAGACGAUCCAUAAGCGCUGAGCAAAACAAGGAGUCUAUGAACUCACAAGCUGAGAAACAAGCACAGGACGGAGGUUUGAGGUACAUCGAAGACGAAGCUGGAGCUAUGGCACCACAGGCUUUAGCCAGCAAGUUCCUAUACUUCCGAACGGAGGCGGGAGAACAGGCGGCAUCAAUGUCGGCAAUCCUUGGAAAUGGAAGAUCAGCGAAGAUACAACCUUUCCUACCACCGUGGUGUAACUCGAAUGGAGUCACGCCGAUCGUCGGGUGCAACGAAGUGUUGUAGGCGAAUUCAAUGUCGGGGAGGCGGUCCACCCAAUCCUUUUGAUCCGUACGGAUGAGUAUGCGAAGCAGUACUUGAGCGG